AUGAGCCGCGCGGACAAGAGGCAACAUCGCGACAACGUCGUUGGGACUUCAAAGGAUGCGGCCGUGCGUCUUUACGCCUUCGCCAACACAAGGCCGGGGUAUCAACUCGUGUUCUCGCCGGAGCAACCAAUCAUCGUGCUCAAGACAAAGAAGGGCGCGACGGAGCAGCACCCGUGCAGACAGUGGGCACCGUUCGCCUCGCUUGUCUUUUCGCAGCGACCCAACACGACGCACGCCCUGUACGUCGUUGACACAACAGCGCUGCCGGAGUCGAUGGAGAAGGAGGAGAGCGUGACACCUGUCGUCGGUCCAUUGAUCAAGCGGCUUUCCAACGUGGUGGCGAGGCUUAACCCGCACGACGCCACAAUGAUUGCCGCCGGUGUGUCUGCCCCGCUUGCCUUCAAGUAUGCGGUCAUGGGAGAGAAGAUGCUUGGCCACAGGGACCGUCUCGUGCGCCGGCUCAUUCUUGUCUGCCCCGCGUCCAUAGGUCCGUUCCAGGUGAUGCUGCAGGCAGUGGGCAAGAGAGCCCCGGUGGAAGACUACCCAAAGCCGCAGCUCGUCGUGCUGCUCGCAGAUGCCGUCCAUGCACGCGGCUGGCGCGAGUGGCUGCAGGAGCCUGCCAUCGCCUCCCUACUGGACACGUGGUCCGUCACGACCAAUUUGUCACCUACGCUCUUUGCCGCCGUGGCGCGUGAAGCCGGCAGCGAGGCGGAUGGCACAGCGGUGAAUUUGGAGACACACUACAGCGGCCCGCGUGUGUUUCGUAUUGACUUUGUUCUGAGCAAGGCUACAAAGAAGACAGAGCAACACGUGACUCUGAGUCCGCUGGAGUCGACAGGGUGCGAUGAUGAUGCCGCACACAACAACUCAGGGACAGAAGAGGACGUAGACGAGAAUGAAGAAGAAGAUGAUGAUGAAAAUCAUGAGGGGUGUGGAGGCCAUUGCUCACAGGAAUGCCAUGGACACAGUGGGGCGGCGAGUGUGUUUGGGCUCGCCACCUUGCAGCACUGUGUGCAUCCGACAAGUGUGGUUGCGGAGGGCCGCAUCAUGGAUGCCGCAAUGAAUAUUCUGGGCACAACGCAGGGCAGAGUGUGUGUGCACCGUCUCCGGGACGCUGCGGGGUCGCUGAAACUGGCCAAAGGCCAGGCAAUUCGCGUACAGUCUCGCUUGCAACGCGAUGAAUUUGGACGCACCACAUUGGAGGCGAUGACUGUAGUGCAACUCACGCGAAUGCAGGCGAGGCGAUCAAUGACUAUAUGCUCAAUGGGUGAAGUCCCGGCGUACAAUGUGUCUGCCACUGCGCACGCCUGGGGUGCCCUCCUUAUUCGAGGGCGUAAGUGUGUACUAGUGCGCAGCCAUGAUGGCGAGUUUGACGGCAUGCGUCUGCCGUUUCUGUUCCACGAGAGUGCUGAAGAAUCUUCCGUGGAAUGCGCCAUGCAGGCUCUCUGCGAACGGUGUGACAUCAGUCCGGACAACUUCUAUAUGCCGAGCUACUUUCCACCUGUGUGCUACUACGACAGAAGCCUUGCUGACGGAAUCACUGUGUGUGUGACCAUGCACGUCGCGUUGGCGGUCAGCCCGCCGUCGGGCGGUGCUGGUGAUGCUACAGAGGAUGAAGAGAGCCCGGAUGAGCCUUACGACUGGUUCAGCUACGCGAAGGCGAUGCGCCUUCUGCAGACAGAGGCGGAGCAAGAAGCCCUUCGCGAUCUGCAGCGCUGUGUGCGCCGCGCCCACGACGCUGGUUUGUACGUACCGCUAAAGGGAUUUGGCGUUUUUGGCGAUGAAGUGGGUGCUGCUGCCGGCGUCGUAGCAGCGCCGCAGUCGCUGGCAGGACUCGAGUUGCUGGUAGUGUGUGCACCUGGCGAUGCCGAGGGACGGGCGAUGGGUAUAGUUCGUAAGCACUUUGGGGAAAAUGCUGUGCGCGUCGGUGAGUCAACACCACGGGCGGAGAUUGAGAGAGCUGCAUUCGCUGCUGUGCGGGCAGGCGCACGCAGUCUAGUUCUCUGUAUCACCCCCGAUGUUGACAUCAACCUGUUCUCCGAAGAGGAGUUGACUUACUGGUCGCAGCGGGAGGUGCGCCCGCGUUGCGUAACCCUCCUCUUGCCGGGCGUGAGUGAGAGAAUCGUGCAGCAGGAGGAUGGGAGAGCUGCUGCUGCCUUUGUAUACGAUGCAAUGAUAUCCGAUGCCCUCCUCACCGUUGACAGCGAAAUGAGGCGCUUCACACCGCCAGUGUGGGGUUUGCUGCGCCUCGCGAGCAAAUUAAACAGCGACCUUGCGCUCUACUCGGGCAUCGCGCCACGCCAGCCCAUCAACUUCCCCCCAGUUGCCGCCACUACUACCGCUGAUGCUGAGGCGGAUCUGUGCGAGAUCACCAUCCGACGCACAGGCCGCCCUAUCGCUGCAGCACGACUUGCUCCGCUGCUGGAGGCGGAGGGGCUGCAGCAGUGUUACCACCACGCCAUGCUGCUGUGGGCGCAAGGGGAGGUGUGGUUGGCGAGUCGCCCACACGCAAGGGGCGUUGUGACCCUCGACGCCAGUUCCCGCUGCCUCACACUGGAGGAAGGGGACCGAUGGGAGGAAGAGGAGGAUGGUGAACAGAAGGGUUUGGCAGCUCGGGAGAAUGUCAUAACACUGCAUGUUUGGGCAACACAGGCGUCAUGUGCAGAGUUGGAGUGUGCAGUAGGGGCAAUGCUGGACGGAAUGCUGUGCAGCUCCGUCCCAACGGAAGCAGAAUCAAUGGGAGACGACGGCCUUCCCACGUGGGAUUGA